CUGGCUCCAAAGCGCAAAGUCAGCCGUUUCGACCAGGUUUGAAAACAUAAGUCAGAGAGUAAGAAAACCAACUCGGAGUCGCGACAGAUUGUUAAUUAACGGAAUAUUAUUGAUCAAUUUCUUAAUUAAUUACAAUAAAAUGGCCGAUAAUAAGAGCAGUUUGGAGGAGCUAUGGAAGCGGAUUUCAACUUCGACCUCUGGAUCCUUAAUGAAGAAACACCUGACCCCUCAGGUCUAUGCAAAGCUCAAGGACAAAGUGACCAACUUCGGAGGGACCCUGGCUGACUGCAUCCGCUCAGGCUGCCUUCAUCUGAAAAGUCACUGCGGCAUCUACGCCUCGGACCCGGACGCCUAUGACACGUUCUCAGACGUCUUCUACCCCAUCCUCAAGGAGUACCACAAGGUCGACAAGCUCGAGCACCCUAAGCCGGACUUCGGUGACCUCAACAACCUGGGAUUCGGCGACCUUGACCCCAAGAACGAGUUCAUCAACUCGACCAGAAUCCGCGUGGGCCGAUCUCAUGCAGGCUAUGGCUUCCCGCCCACCUCAUCAAAACAGGACCGACUGGAGAUGGAGAGGAUAACGGUUGAUGCGCUGCGGACGUUAAGGGGUGACCUGGCUGGCAAGUACUUCCCCCUGCAGGGCAUGACCGCCGCCGAGGAGAAACAACUCGUCCAGGAUCACUUCCUCUUCCGCAACGACGAUCCCGUGCUGGGAGACGCCAACGGCUACGACGACUGGCCGGCGGGUCGCGGCAUCUUCUUCAGCCACAACAAACGCUUCCUGGUCUGGGUGAACGAAGAGGACCAUCUGCGCAUCAUCUCCAUGCAGCCCGGGGGAAACCUCGCAGAGGUCUGGCAGAGGCUUGUCAAGGGCCUGACGACGCUGGAGAAGAAGCUCACGUUUGCGCACCACCCGAAGUUCGGCUACCUGACGUUCUGCCCCACCAACCUGGGAACCACGCUGCGCGCCAGCGUCCACAUCCGCAUUCCCAACCUCUCCAAGCACAAGGAUUUCAAGGAGAUCUGCGAGAAACUCAACCUCCAACCACGAGGCAUCCACGGCGAGCACUCGGACAGUGAGGGUGGGGUGUACGACAUUUCCAACAAACGUCGCAUGGGUCUGACCGAAAUCGAGGCUGUACAAGAAAUGAGAAGGGGCGUCGAGCGUAUCAUCGAACUCGAGAAGGGACUAAAGACCCAGAAAUAGACAGCCACUUUACUGAACUUUUUGAACGUCGUAUUUAUAUGUUGUUUGGACAUUUUGAUAUUUGUUUUUGUAACUAACAGAAAACAACAUUUCUUUUGGGUUUAGUCUUUUGUGGAUGAUUUUAUAUAUUUUUACAAGUUUACAGUCUAUGUAAAUGUGUUGCUCUUGUUUAAUAAAUUAUAAGUUUUA